CUCCCGGAGGGAGGGGGCUUGGAGCUUAUUUAACGUGCCCGGCCCGGCCGGGCGGGCGCACUCGCAGCACGGGGAGCUCAGCCGCAGCCAUGGGAUCGCAGCUGGAAGGGGCCAUGGAGACCCUGAUCAAUGUCUUCCACCACUACUCGGGCAAGGAGGGCGACAAGUACAAGCUGAGCAAGAAGGAGCUCAAGGAGCUGCUGCAGAGCGAGCUGGGAUGUUUCCUGGAGACCCAGAAGGACGCGGGGGCCGUGGAGAAGAUCAUGCAGGACCUGGAUGAGAACGGCGACGGGGAGGUGGAUUUCCAGGAAUUCGUGGUCCUGGUGGCCGCCCUGACCGUGGCCUGCAACACUUUCUUCUGGGAGAACGCCUGACCCUCCCUCCUGCCGCAUUCCCGUGGGCUCCCAAAAUCCCCCAAGAGCCCCUCCAGGCCCCCCCAGCUCACCCCCUCUGCACCCCAGCAUUCCCAGGGGAUCCCGCUGGGAUCCAGCUGCACAAUAAAGGCACCAACCCGA